UCUCUCUCUUCCCCUAUUUAGAAAACAGGGCCAAAAUCGAGGAUGAACGCCGGCAAUGGAACUCCGGUGAACGCUACUUUCUGCGUGACUGGCUCUACCGGCUACAUCGGCUCCUGGCUCGUUUGUUCUCUCCUCCGGCGAGGCUUCACCGUUCAUGCAACAGCUAGAGACACCGGCAAGGCGUCCUAUCUUCUAUCACUCCCGAACGCUUCUAACCGGCUAAAGAUCUUCAAAUCGGACCUCAGCGAGGAAGGGAGUUUCGAUGAGGCCGUGAAGGGCUGCGUUGGUGUGUUCCACGUUGCUGCAUCUAUGGAGCUCAGCGUAGAGCAUGAAGAAGCCAUUGAUGCGAUGAUGGAGACAGCAGUGAAGGGGACAGUCAAUGUCCUACAAGCUUGUUUAAGAUCCAAGUCUGUGAAGAAAGUUCUUUUCACUUCUUCUAUCAGCACAAUCUCAGCAAGAGAAGAGGGAAGGGGAUGGAGAUCUGUAGUUGAUGAAUCAUCUGUUAACCCUAUUGAUUUAGUUCUGAAUACUAAGCCUUGUGGAUGGGUGAGUAUCAUUAUUUUGUCUGAUAAGGAUGAUAAAGAACUUCAAUUGUCUAAAUGAACUUGGGAAUGUUUG